GUUAGCCUACAAUAGAAUUCACAAUUGUAAACAUGGAGACUGCAACCAUGGAAUGAAAUAAGGUCCUGGUUGUUCAGACAUCAUGAUGUACGAUUGUUGUCUUGAAAGAAAAAGGAUAUAAUAUUCCGUAUUAGAUCUAGACUAGAUCUAGAAUCUAGUUGUGAAGAAGAUCAAGGGAAAUUCAAGUAUGAGUGCCUCGGAAUUAAAGAACCAAGGCAAUAAGCUGUUUGCUGCAAGAAAAUACGACGAUGCUAUCGCUUGCUACACGAAGGCCAUUAUAAAGAACCCAAACACAGCCCCAUUUUUUACAAACCGUGCCCUGUGCCACUUAAAAUUGAGGCAAUGGGAGAGGGUGCAUCAGGACUGUCAGAGAGCUCUGGAUCUAGACAGGUCUUGGGUCAAAGGUCACUUUUUCAUGGGUCAAGCUUUUGUGGAACAGAGUUUGUAUGAUGAAGCUAUUGCUGCUUUGAAAAAAGCUCAUGAAUUGGCAAAAGAGCAAAAGUUAAAUUUUGGGGAUGACAUCACCAAUGCUCUUCGUGUGGCAAAGAAAAGAAGGUGGAACGUGAUUGAGGAGAAAAGAAUAAAGCAAGAGAUUGAACUGCAGUCAUACUUGAACAGACUCAUCAAAGAAGAUAAGGAAAGACGAUUAGAAGCUUUGAAAGAGGACAAUGGGAUGGCAGAAAAUGAAGAUGUGGAAAGUUUGUGUGAGGAAGCUAGCAAAAGGAUAUCGGAAGUUAACAGUUUAUUCUCCCAGCUGGAUGAGAGAAGAAAAAAACGUGAUGUCCCUGACUGUUUAUGUGGUAAAAUCAGUUUUGAAAUCAUGCGGGAUCCAGUCAUCACUCCAUGUGGCAUCACCUAUGACAAAAAGGACAUAAUAGAACAUCUACAGCGUGUGGGUCAUUUUGACCCGGUGACAAGAACAGACUUGACACAGGAGCAGCUCAUACCCAACUUUUCCCUGAAGGAAGUCAUUGAUGCUUAUCUAGAGGAGAACCCAUGGGCAGAAGAGUAUUAGGUCUCAUUGUACUUUGUGGCAUUCCCUUAGAAAGCUGGUGUGGUAUCUGCAUAGGCUCAUGUCGAAGUCAAAAAUAUAUGAGUGAAUGUGCAAUAGGAGAGUCAGGUUUUGAUUCAUUCAAGUGAAUCGCUGUUGUGCCUGUUGAAUGUCCAUCAGAUAUCGUGGGAAAGCUGUUAAAAUGUAUUAUGCCCAGAAAGUAAAAUUUUACAGAGGAGAGGAAAAAACUUUCAUUCUUGUACCAACAUUAUGUAUUUUUUCUUUCUUUUUUCAACAUUAAGAAUUAAAAUCUCAACAGAAUAUUUCAUGAGCACAUGCAACGGAUGCCACAUUUAGAAAUUGCAGUAAAAAGACAAAUUUUUGGGCUUAGUGCAGUUUAGCAGCUGGCCAAAGAUAUUUUUUAUUGUGUGAACAGACACGGGGGGUGGGGAUUAAAGUUUUCCUCUCCUCGUGGGUGGUGACUUCACUUUCAAAGUAAAUCACUACCUGUAAAGACUGUUGGCAAGUCAGCAUUGGUAAAAGAUGGUUAUAUGAGUAUUCUAGACAUUUCUGAAAAAAUAUGAUAAUUAUAGUAUUGAUAAUUCUUUGUUAUCAAGUGUUAGAAAAAGAAACCUUGAUUAUAAGACAACAAAAAUAAUAUGGUGCAGUAAAAUAUAUCCGCAAGACCGUUUUGAGAGUACAUUUUUUUGUGUAUUGUAUGGAAAUGAUCCCAGCAAAAAGACCAGAAUUAGAAAUAUAGAACUAGUCCAGCACCUAUCUUAACGUAAGCUCAAAGAGGUUAAAUUUAGUACUAGAGUUAGUGGCAGCGAUGUCCCCCAUGUAAAUGAACGGGGGCUGCGUGUGCUCAUACUGGGACACUGAACCUCAAGGGCAAGACAUGCACAGUUUAACAGACGAGUGAGUACUUUUAGAGAAUCUCUUGGAAGCAUCACGGCAAUCUAAGGAGGAAGUCUACAAGCUUGCACUGAAAUAUGGGGGCAGGGUGGUAUUUAAUAUACUAGAGCUCUUUGGGAGCGGGAGGGGGGCUCAGAUUGUUCAUGUAAAUAGGGGCGCACCCCCAUGUGUAACGCGUGUGACGUCUCUGCCAUGAGCUGUAGUAUUAUAUAUAACUUCUGUGGGAAAGUUCUUUUGAUUGAGCUAUGUAAAUACUCUGUCAAAUGUUUGUGGGUCAAGGUUUUGUUGUGAUGUAUAGCGCAAAAGCUUAAGUGGUGUCAGAGCCUGUAAACCUAAACGAUACCCUUAUGGAACAAAAAUUGGAAACAAAGCUUCAUGCCUGAAUUUUUAACCAUGCGUGUUGGGUAAAGUUUUUAUUCUGUUCGUGAAUAGAACAUUUACAUCAUUGAUUUGUUAUUACUGCUAUUCUAGCCACAACUGUAAAACAAAUGUUAUGGUAAGGGUGAAUUCCAGUGUAAUGAUCACUGCGAAUGUAUCGAUAACAACAUCACUGUGAAUUUGUGGGAACAGGCAUGGUCAUUUGAGUCUGUUAGAGCGAAUGUGUUUCAAAAGUUUGUUUUUUGCUGCACUGUAAAGAUGUUAAUGAAUACAGUUCACUAUGUUUUGUUCUUGAUGUAACAAGAGGGGGCAGUAGGUCUGCUCUGUGUUCAACACCUUAACUGCAGUGUGUUUUGCGACUAUAUUUCGUCCAGGAUAAAUACUGUACAUAAAUGAAUGUAUUCCUGGAGUGGGCAAUGUGUUCUCUUCAAUUCAGAAUAUUUAUCUGAAUACCAGCUGGGAGCCCAGCUGUGCUUGUGUUAGGGGGAAGAAGGUAAGGGGAACUGUCUUAUCAUGAUGAGAAAAAAAAAA